GGGAGGCUGUCGCUUCCUACGCUCCUGUCCCGGUUGUGCAAAGGGAGGAACCGGCGGCCGAAGCAUUCAAGGGAAGACCCCUCCGGCGGCCGGCUCGCCAACCUUUCCAGCACAAUAGACAGCUCCUAGCCGGGAGAGGCGGAGCCUUCCUACCAUCGAGCGACAGCCGGCUAGAGAGGGCGUAGAAAAAGAAGAGCCGCUCUGCCCAUCUGCGAACCGCCAGCGCGUCGCUCACCGGCUCGGACAUGGCGGAAGAGCGGGAAUACUUAUCGAUCUCAGGGGCUCGCAUCAAGCUGCGGCCCCUCCACCACAGCGCCUCCUGUCGGGAGCUCCAGGUGCGCUGCCCGCGGCUGCAGCUGGGCUCUCUGACUGCCGUCACGUGCUGCGUGUGGCUCGUGGCUUAUGGGCUCUUCAUCGUCAGCCAGAACAGUGUGGUGCUCUCUGCUUCUAUAUUUAUCACAUUGAUUGGCCUACUUGUAUACCUGCAUUUUGUGAAAAUUGACCAGGAGUCUCUGCUGAUAAUUGACUCACUUGGAAUACAGAUGACCUCAUCCUAUGCAUCAGGGAAAGAGAGCACAACCUUUAUAGAGAUGAACCAGGUCAAAGAUGUGGUCAUCAAUGAAGCCAUUUAUAUGCAAAAAGUUAUUUACUACUUGUGCAUCCUUCUCCAAGAUCCUAUUGAACCUCAUGCUGUUUCUGAAGUAGUGCCACUAUUUCAGAGCUCCAUGCCACGUCUGGACUGCCUUGUAGACAUAUACAAAAGUUGCCAAGAAAUCCUGGAGAGAGGAAAAAAUGUUGAUACCAGCUUUUAAUGUGAAACCUUUUAUCAAGACAGAAUAACCACAAUAAUACAAUUUUGACCCAAGUUAUUAGGUGAAGCUUAUCCAAAGCAACCAUGUUAAUCUACCUGGUUAUGUUGACAAGUAGGUAAGAGUAGAUUAAAAUCCACCAAGGAACUAAAAACUGCUAGUGCCUUUUUGACAAAGGUUUGAACGUGCAGCUGUGAAGAAAUGUUACAGAACAAAAUUACUAAUCCAGGUUCCACAUUUUCUUCAGUCAACCUCAUGAUGUAAGAAACUCAAUGAUAAUUUUUUUUUUCCUGUCAAAAAUUAACCCUGUCUAAAUGACUGGAAAUCUACAAGGAAGAUUCAGCAGAAAUAAGAUGAAAAUAAGGGUUUUUUCCCACUUUCUAAAUAGAAUUCCAUGGAAGACUGGAAUCUGUUUUCUGAUAAUGUUGAGUUAUAUGCUAUGUCCAAUAGUAUUCCUUUUACAAACUUAAUUUUGUUCAUUAACUAUAUAUUAGUAUUAGUGGAUUAUGAUAAUUGUAGAUGUAGUUUCUGGUUGCUAGGUAAGCUCAUUUAUAUUUAUGGAAUUCACAAGCAAAGUAAUCUUUCCUGAGUGACAUGAGGAUGCCCUUUGUCUUUACAAAAAGCCCCUGGAACAUUAGAUACCUGCUUCUUGAACAAUAGCUCCAUCUACCCAGACCUGAAGUGCAUUUUUACACCAAAAGCUGAGAAACAGAACUCCUAUUAAAAGAAUACAGUGAAAGAAAAUAUUGUAUUGAAAAUCUAAUUUAUUAAGACUACCUCCAUCUUAAUAAAGAAUCUUAUCAACACCACCUCCAUCUUAAUACAGAAUACAGUUUUAUGUACUGGACAUCAGCAUAAUUGUAAAACAGAGUAAUUUUUCAUCAGUUAUUUCUAAUGUCCAGGUAGGACGCCGCUAGGUGACGUGGUCAGUUUAACACUGCUAUCCUGAAAUGAAAAAAAUCUGUCAAAGCUGCUAUACUUUAAAAUAAACAAACUAUAAAUAUAUAAUUAUUUUAUACGAGAACCUGUAUGAACCAGAAAAGAGGUCCAGCUAAUAUCCUCCAUAUUAGAGUCUCUGUUUCCUAUUUAUGAAGUGGGGAUUUUAAAUGAGUUUACAAUGAUGAUGAACACAACUGGAACUGAAGAACUUUCAACCCGAUAUAAAAAUAAAUUGUACCAUAUCGUGUUGAUAGUAUAAUAUUUCUUAUUUUAGACUGAUGUGUUGCUUUUUACUGAAGAUGCAUACCAGGGCAUUUUUGUAUAUGCAUAUUAAACCUUGUUCCUUUGCGGACAGAGUUUUUUCAAGUUCCUGUGCUUUCACUGCAUAAAAGACCAUGGGGAAUGCUCAAAGAUCAUGAAUAUGUUUACCAGAUUAAGCAAAUUUAGCUGCAUCUAUUAACAGAACUAUUAUAAUAAAAGGUACUUUGAUAGGAAAUUGAUAUCCCAAAUUCCAAAUAUUAGUUUCUGAUGCAAGAGUUAGUUGGUUGAAAUUAAUAUUAACUGGUAAGAAAGGCAAAAAAGAAAAAGAGAUUAUUUUAAAUAUAUUUAUUUAUUAACCGUCCUCUUAUCUAAAAUAGGAUGCCAGAAAAUAACUAUCACUACAUUUUUUGUAGAAAGCUAAUCUCAGUACCAAAUGACUAAAAACUCAAAUUAUUUUAUUUAGAAGUGAUCAGUGCCAAUAGUGGGCAAAUGAAAAUUAAUUAAACUGAUUACAAUAUUAUAAAUAAUGUACUUGUGACCAAAAAGAAAAUACAUUUAUAUGGUGCAAGCCAAGGGAUUGUCUGGUUGGUGAAUGCCUUGCUCUGUCUUGCUCAAUAUAUCUAGAUUUGUUCAUAAUGUUGCUAAAUCCCUAAAGUAUUUUAUGAAAUUCAAUUUUUAUUUUGUCAUGUGCAUUAAAAUAUAUCAGUGGGAAUGAUGUGAAA